AUGUCAAAACUUGCUGCCGUCAAGAGUGCUGCUUCAGCCGCUAUCUCCACUAACGCCAAUGCUUUAGAAAACUUUGAAAUCGACGAUGAACAGUUCAACGAGUUCUUCGACGUUCCUCUUGAAGAAUUCUUGCACCACGCUAAGCUUCAAAGAGAAUUGGAAAACUCUCCAAGUUACGGUGAAGCCGCCGCCACCAUUCCAUUGUUUGAAGUGAUCAGAACCAAGGUCUUGGGUAAAGCUCCUAAAAAUAUUGCCGGCGAAAACGCCCAAGUUAGCGAAAAAGAUAGCUCUUCUGACAAGGAGAAGGAACAACAUGAUCUUGUCAGUGAACCAAUUUACACUUCUAUGGAAAAUGCCAACAGAAUGGUCAGAACUGCCUCUUGGGGGUCUGUCUUCUAUUUGAUUACCACCGAUAUCUUGGGUCCUACAUCUGCUCCUUACGCCAUUUCUGAAUUGGGUUACGUCCCAGGGGCUUUGUUGUACUUUUUGUUCGGUAUUUGUGCUGCCUACUGUGGUGCCUUGCUUUGGUCUACUUUCUUGAAGUUGGACUCCAUCAAGUACCCAUUGAGAAACUAUGGUGAUGUCUUCGGUAGAGUGUUUGGCCGUAACACUCGUUACUUUAUCGAUUUCUUCCAAGCCUUGCAAUUGUUCUGUUCUGUCGCCGUCAUUAUUUUGGGUAAUGGUCAAGGUUUGUCCCAAAUUGCUAAGGGUAAGGGUUGUUACACCAUUUUGAUUUUUGUUUGGGCUAUUGCCGGUGCCAUUGUUGGUCAAAUUAGAUCUUUGGCUAAAUUCGGUUUCUUGGCUAACUCUGCUAUCUGGAUGAACGUUUUCGUUAUCAUUGCCACCAUGGCGUGUGCCAGAGCUUUCCCACCAGAUUAUGCUGCUGCCGUCAAUGGUGACCCAAUCGGCCCAAUCGUCAAACAAAUUGUCAUUAGUGGUUCCAACGGUAUGUUCACCAACCAAUUGAAUGCUUGCAUGAAUAUUGUUUACUCUUAUGGUGGUGCCAUGGUUUUCGUCGAAUUCAUGGCUGAAAUGAAGCGUCCAUUUGAUUUCUGGAAAGGUAUGGCUUGCGCUCAAGCUUUCAUUUUCUCUUGUUACUUGAUCUUUGCCAUGGUUGUUUACCAUUACCAAGGUCAAUUUGUAUCUAACCCAGCUAAUCAAGGUAUUUCCAACUAUGGCUGGCAAACUACCACUAACGUCAUCAAUUUGGUUUCUGCCUUGAUUGCUGCAGGUCUUUACGGUAAUGUUGGUAUCAAGUGUCUUUACGUUUGUGUUUUCCAAAGAUUCUUGAAUUUCCCACCAUUGGUUUCCAAGUACGGUAGAUACAUCUGGAGUAUUUUUGUUUGUGUUUACUGGGCUGUUGCCUUUGUCUUCGCUGCUGCUAUUCCAAAUUUCUCCUCCCUUGUCUCCUUGAUUGGUGCCGUCUGUAUCUUGCAAUUCACCUACACUUUCCCAUUCUUCAUGCAACUUGGUCUUGACAUCCAAAUUGGUGCCUUGCUUGGUGAUGGUGAAUACGACCAUGUCAACAAAAUUACCCACAGAGUCGAUGGCUGGAACAACUUCAGUAGAUGGGCUAGAGGUUACAAGCAAAGAUGGUUCUGGAACACCAUCCACUUGGUAUUGUUCUUGGCUUCUUUGGCUACCGCUGCUUUGGGUAUCUAUGCUUCUGCUGAAUCCUUGAAGGAUGCCUUUGCUAAAGGUAAGACUUCUUCUUUCACUUGUAAAUCCCCAGUUGCCUAG